AUGAAAUUCUUAAAAAACAAAUCAGCCAAAGGUUCUAGUGACCUGAACGGUAAAAGAGCAGAAAAAAAGUAUUUAUUGGCAGAAAUCCAAAAAAAGGAAGAAAAGCUUGCUAACUUGACUCAACAAAAAGAAGACACUAUGAAGAGAAUGGAAGAAAGUCAGAAAUAUAUGAAUGAUUUGGAAUCUCAAUCCAAAUACGUGUCUAGUUUGCUAUCUGCGGAAGAAGCAAAGAAAAAGUCAGUAGAGAAAAGACUGGAAGAACUUAAAACCCAACUGUACCACCAAUCACAAGAGCUUUAUAAAGAAAGACAGAAAGAAGCCAACUUGGUUGCAGAAAUUGGUGGAACCAAUUCCCAAAACAAAAACAUGCUCUCUAAAAUUGCUCAACUUGACAGCACAGUUUUAAAACAACAAGAACUGUUGUACAAUAUUGAAUUCCAAGUCCAACAAAUGGAGAGAAGAGUAAAUAGAGCUCAAGGAGAACGAACAGAAGAAGAGAAGGUCAAACUCAAUGCACAGAUCGACAAAUUGCAAAAGAGUUUAGAAGAGCAUGAGACUCAAUUUGAAAUGAUAAAAGGAGAAUGGACAAAGGUAUUGAGCGAAGUAAGAAAGAUGAAGAAAGAAACAGACGAAAAGGAACUUGAGAAAGCAAGACUAAAUGAGAAAGUUCAUGACCUCACCUUAGAAAACAACUCAUUGGAGGAAGAAAUGAGGGCACUGACAAGAGAAAAGGAAGAUCUGUUAGUUCAACACGACAUUCAAAAACUCCAAGUGAAACGAAUGAGAGACUUGUUAAGAGCUAGAACUGAUGAGCUCUCCGGCUUGGAAAAUAGAAAGUAUCAACUUGAGACACUGUACAUUGAAAAGGAGCAAAAAGUGAAAGCUCAUAAGGAAAUGUUGGCGGCAGAAUGGAAGGCAUAUGAAGACCAAAGACGAAAAUUAUCCCUUGAACUCAGUAAUAGACGUGUACAUAUUGACAAACUUAAAAAUAAGUAUAAUAUUAUGAUUCAAAGGCUGAAACCGGAUGUAGAAGGAGAAGAAGAGGUGUCACAAGCACAAUUUUUGAUACGAGCAAUCCAAGAGAGAGAGGAACUACAGAGAAUAGGAGACAAACUCGAUGAGGAGAUCCAAAAAUUAGAAAAUCAUGAUAGAGGCCUCGAGAAAACUCUAUCUUUAUUUAAAACACACAACAUCAAUCAUAAUGCACACUACAAAAAAGUGGACACUACUGACCCAGAUAUUUGUCUCAAAAUGGAACUCGAAAACAAAUGCAAAGACUUGGAUACUCUCACAAGUAAGAGAAUUCAGGAGCAAUAUGAAUACGAAGAGAGCGCCAAUAGGAAGCAAAAAGAGUUAGAAAUGGUUCUAAUAGAACAAAAGGAAACUGAAAUUAAGAGAGAUGCUCUCUCGACCUCUAAGGCGGUUUUAGAAAAAGAUAUUAGCAAGUUGCUAUCUUCUCUGAGCACCCAAAAGACCCUGCUUAAAAGUAACCUCAAGGAAAUUAAGAAGAUACCAGAUGCAGAUGCCCUUCUUCAAGACAUUACCCUCACAGACAACAAACUCAAAAAUAGGAAUUGUUUACUGACCCUUUCAUUCAUUUCAGAAAGCAAUCCAGUCCUUAAAAGCAACCUGGACAAAUUACUGAAAGAUGAAGGUCUCUCGAUGCCAGUGUUAAGUCGACCAGCAUCAAGCAUGUCAGUUCUUUCUUCAAGAAGUGCCAAAAGCUCCACCACAAGAAGUGUAAAUAGCUCCCAACGAAGCAGUACCUCGAGCGUUCGACGAGUUGCAAAUACGUCCAUUAUUUCCUUGCAAUAA